GCUGCUCCGACUGGCGAGCAUAGUCGUUGUUUGUGUUUUAUCGUGUCAGGAACGAGCCAGAGGAGUAGUGUCUCUGACCGGCUUCAGUCGAUCUGUAACCCCUUUCGACGAAAGGGAACGACUCUUCGACUCUCGCGUUCAACAACCGGCGUUAUCGAUUUUCUCGAGGGUUGUAGAAGCCGCGGCACCGAAGAAUGGACAUAUUCCGCGAAUUCCCAAUCGUUUUGAAUCUGUACAAGAAAUACAGUUAGACGAGUCGUGGGACGAGAGACCGGUGAGAAGAAUCGAGAGAAUCGAGCUGCUUGUACGGGCAGUGACGACGAGCAUCUAAUCUCAGUGUAGUUAUCACCAGGACCCUAUCAGAGGAAAACAACUAUUGUGCAAAUAACAAUCGAAACGUCAGAUAGCUCAAGGAAAAAUUCGGACGAUUAUUUACGAUCAUCGUUUCUACCAUUGCGAUAAGCAAAAUGACCAAAGUGUCGGGAAUGAUGAAAAAGAAAGACGUUGGCAAACAGACUCUGGUACGACGUAUGUCUAACAUGUUGAGAGAUGGAAGUAACAGCGAGCCACCAAUGCUGUUUCGUCACACCUCGAUGCAGAAGAUCCGCCAUUGCUGCCAGAACCUCAAUCUCUUCCCGUAUCUGCUCUACUCUUUCAAAAAUUCAAAGUCACACCCGAUCGCUCGCAAGCUGCACUAUUGCCUCGGCCAGUUCAUCCAGCUGAUCACCGCAAAAAUCUACUUCGUGUACAGAAGCUUUCGACAGUCGUUACUGUGCGACAUUCAUGCGAAAGAGCUGCAAGCGGCAGAGCCACCGAAGAUCACCGAAUCUGUCAGUAAAUUGACACCGAGAUUCCGAACGAUCAGGCAAAAUCAGAAGCCUAAACAGAGAAGACGCCUGUUCCUGACACUGGCCGUAUACUUCGCCCCGUUGUUGUUGCUUUUCCAACUGAUCGGACUGUUCAGCGUGAUGGUGUUUGGAAAAUACACGCCCGGCUUCAUCUUCCUCAUGUCCGCCCUGUUUUUCCUCGGAUACAUCUCGCUCAAAAUCCUCUUCCACGAGACUGCCAAGGAGAGGCGCAGAUGCACGAAGAUCGCAAUUGACGAAUGAUCAUCUUCCGCCAGUCGUUACCUAUCUCAGCCACCACUCAAACGAUCAGACUGUUCAUCGGAUAAAUGAACUUGGCCUCCUUCACAGUUGUCCAUUUGUCGCAUUUGAUUACUUAAACGACGCGAUAGAUCAGAUAGAGCUUACAUAUUCCGUAUAUUCGCGCGAUGCUAGCAUUGUUCACGCUCAUUCAUAAUCUCUUUCAUUUCUACUAUCUAUGCCUCUGAUAAUGCAUCCAUGUAUAUAUGUAUGUUAAUCGUUCUUUCUCACCAUCAAUGGUUUUGUUAGUUACUACGUUAGGAUCGAUAGAAUCAAUUGUAUCAUACGUUCUAUGAUACUUCUCUUCUUCUUUUUUUCUUUUGUACUUUAUUAUCAUCGGACUGACAAAUACACUAUAAUAAUCGUACAUAGCGCGUGAGCGUAGGCAUUGCAACAUUAGAGGAUCGAAAAGUUCGUGACGAUUUUACUCAAGAGGAAGUUUGUACGCAUUUUUCUUUUUUCUGUUUUUUCCAUUAUCAAAAUAAGCAUAACUGUAGUUCUUCCUUUGAUUUUCCGUUUUUUUUUUUUUUUUUUUACUUCUUACUAUCUUCUCCAGUAUGAACGUUUACCUAAGCAUUUUAAACGCUGCUUAUUAAUUGAAGUGCAAUUUACGAGUUACCUGGAUAGUGUAUCGCGAUUCACUUUAUCCUCUACAGCAGAAGACUGAGAAUCGUUUUAACAUUGUUGUAUAUAAAUGAAAGCAAGAAAAUAAGAUAUAUAUGUAUAAAUAUAUAUUACGCGUGAAAAGGAGAGUAAUAUUAAAAUAUACAUUGUACAUGUAUGUAUGUGCGGGAAGAUAAAAUUAUGUUAUUCUAUAUCGUUAAGAUAAUUAUCAACUCGUCGUUCGUCGAAACGAUUUGGCCUGUCCAUUGGAACGAGUUAGGCUAAUCUGUGAUUGAAGUGGAACCAAGUGUGUUUUUCACGGCUAUUCGCUGUUCUACUUACUUAAGUACGAUAAGAAAAUGUGUAACUUUGAUCUUUUCUCGUUUUUUUUCCUUUUUUUUUUUUUUAAAUAUACGUCACAUCUUACAU